AUGGAGAAUGUGAAGGCGUGCGUUGAGCUUAUCCCCAUUUUCCUUGACUUGGUAAAGUUUCCGAAGAAAGCAGUGCACGGUCCACUUGAGGUUGUUAUGGUGGAUAAUGUUCCCCAACAGCUAAAUAGCGACUGCGGGAUAUAUGUUGCCUCAUUUGCCGAGUAUUUCAUUGUCGUUCAUGACAUUACCAAAUCGAACAUUGAUGCUACUGUCCAGAGGCAUAGAUAUGGUGCAAAAGGAAAAGGAGUAAGGGCUCGUCACCUUGGUAAAGGAACGACCACUUGGGAUGCCUUGAUCGAGGAAAAUACCGAGGUCACAAAAGUAGCUAAGGAGAUGAUCGAUGGUCAAUUACAUCGAACCUGGUUUCAACAUAGAAAUUUGACUUCCUCUUGCCUCCUGCUGACCUAA